AUGUCGUCAAAGGAACGCUCUAGAUUAGCUUGUAUAGAAUGCAAGCUAUCGAAGCGAAGAUGCGAAUAUAAUUAUUUGCAUAAACGUUGUAAAAGAUGUAUGGAGCUUCAUAUAGCAUGUACUUAUCCAUCUACAAAAAAAAGGCAAAAGCAUAGUGUUUGUUCACUGGGCGAUGAAGACUACCAAAUUUCCGAAAAAGGACUAUUUCGCGAGUCGACUCUGUCAAUAGAAAAGAAUAACCUAAGAUUAUCGAAUAAAUGUUCAUACUGCCGUAGAAGUAAAAAAAAAUGUGAGUAUAAUGGAAUACCAGGAGUAUUUAGAUGUAAAAGAUGUAGAGCAAAGAAAAGACAGUGCGUAUUCCAAUGUAUGGAAUGUUAUAAAAAGGGUAGCCUAGACAAAGAUAAAUUUCCUUGUGUAAAUUGUAAAGUAACUAUGGAAGAUCCGCCUGUUAACUAUAACUUUGUUGAAGAAAAUAAUAAAAUAUACUUGAAAUUAGAAGAUAAUGAUAUUAAAAUCGAAAUUACACAAGAAAAAUUUGAAGACCUUUUAAAAUUGCAAAACUUUAAUCGCAAUUUUACACAGAGCCCAACUCAAUCAUUCAUUCUUGACAGCCCAAUCAACAAUAAUACGUCAGGCAUUAGGCCUGACAUUUGUUCUUCAACCUGGCAACUCCCGGUCGAUAGUGAAGUUUCCGACAUUUGCAUUCAACCUUUUAUUUUACAGGGUGGUCAUUCUACCGGAUCGGACGUUUAUCAACAACAAAUCGACAGUUUCGAUCAAUUUUUGUUAAAUGAUAACUUAUCAUUAUAUUAUGAUUUAUUUUAG